AUGCGCAGAUGUCCUGCGCGCGUAAAACUGAUCGCGGUGAUCGGGGAUGACGACACGUGCACCGGGUGGUUCCUGCUGGGGGGUGGGGGCGAGCUCAAUAAGAACCGGAAGCCCAACUCUGUGGUCGAGAAGGAGACUAGCGUCGCGGAGAUAGAGGAGACCUUCAAGAGCUUCCUGGCCAGGAGCGAUAUCGGCAUCGUUCUGAUCAACCAGUUCAUCGCCGAGAUGAUCCGCCACGCCAUCGACGGCCACCUUGAGUCCAUCCCUGCCGUGUUGGAGAUUCCUUCAAAAGAACAUCCGUACGACGCCAGCAAAGACUCCAUCCUGAGGCGCGCCAAGGGCAUGUUCUGCGCCGAGGACUUCCGCUAACCAGGGGCCCUGAACGCACCGCUGACCAGGAGCCUGAACGCCCCACCACUCUGUAGACACCUCUGUACAGUGCUGUGUUUCCUCUUAUUAAUAUAGACCUAAAACGCACACCACCACCUGUGACCCUCUGUACAGUGGAGUAUAGUGAUAUGUGUUUCCUCUGAGUGUGUGUGUGUGUGUCACUUGUUCCGGGAGGUGGAGGACGGUCAUGUGAUGAGUUUUGAUAUUUACUUCCUGUUUCUGUUGUUGAUUGUUUAACUUAUAAAAUAAAGAUUCUGUUGUUUGUGAUUU